AUGAGAGCUCUGAGGAGACCGGGGCUCGCGCUGCUCCUUCCCCGCUACUGCCUGCUCGGUGGAGCCGCUCUGCUCACCGCCGCCUGGAUUUUUCACUUUAAUGACGUUACAGGCUCUCGUGGCCAAAGUGUGCAUCGUGACGUCUCUGUGUACAAGAGAGAGCUCAUCCACCAAAAGGAGGACAACCAGAAUGGCAGUGUCUCCAGAUCUGCCAUCAAUGAGUUUCCGGAGGACAUCUUUACUCUGGAUCAGAGGAGGCAGGGAGCGGCCAUCUACAUGUUUCAUGCACUGGCUAUCGUGUGUGAUGUUUACUUUGUACCCUCGCUGGAGAAAGUCUCCGAGAACCUACAGCUCAGUCAGGACGUAGCCGGAGCCACUUUCAUGGCAGCGGGGAGCUCCGCUCCAGAGCUUUUCACCUCCUUGAUUGGGGUGUUCAUCACAAAGGGAGAUGUUGGUGUAGGAACUAUUGUGGGCUCAGCUGUGUUUAACAUCCUGGUCAUCAUCGGCCUCUGCGGCAUCUUCUCUGGGCAGCCCAUCUCUCUGAGCUGGUGGCCUCUGUUCCGGGAUGCUUCUUUUUACAUCCUGUCCAUCGUGCUGCUCAUUCUGGUGAUCUACGAUGAAAAAGUCAUUGAGUCCUCCUCUGGCGUGGUCACCGUGUCUCUGACCGUGUCUCUGACCGUGUCUCUGACCGUGUCUCUGACCGUGCCUCUGACCGUGCCUCUGACCGUGCGCUGCAGGUUUAACCGGCCGCUGUGCUGCCUGGUGGAGCGACACUGCGGCCUGGGCGGCCGGCCGUGCCUGGGCGGCCUGCGCCGGACCACGGCUGUGGGGAGCGUCGGAGACUGCGACAACGACAUGGUGCCGCUGAAGCCCGACUCCUGCACGGUGGCCGGCCAGGACCCGGCGGCGGGGACGGUGGAUGAGCUUCUGACCCCGCAGCCCCACCAGCUCACCUUCUCAGAGGCAAGCCUCCGCCUUCUCCCCAUUCUCCCCCGGCUUCUCCCCCCCCCACAGAGGCGGAGGCUGAUCGGGGCUCAGGCCGGCUCAGAGGAGGGGGCGGCGGGGGGGGAGGAGGCUCCGGGGGCGAGCGGCGCCUGGGGCCGGGAGAACGGGACGGUGGCGGAGGGGGACGGACCCGAGGCCGGGGCCGAGGGGGUCAGGGAGACGGAGGCAGAGGCAGGCGGGGGCGCGCCGGCAAAGGAGGAGGAGGAGGAGGAAGAGGAAGAGCCGGAGGAAGGAGAGGAGGAGAACACUCCUUUUAAACCCUUCUUUGUCCCAGACGGUUGGAGUGUCCGGCUGAAGUGGCUGCUGUCCUGGCCGGUCAGCUUCCUGCUCCACCUCACCGUCCCCGACUGCAGCCGGCCGCGCUGGGCACGCUGGUACCUGCUCACCUUCCUGUCCUCCACCCUCUGGAUAGCCCUCUUCUCCUACCUCAUGGUCUGGAUGGUGACCAUCAUCAGCUACACGCUGGGAAUUCCGGACGUCAUCAUGGGCAUCACGUUCCUGGCGGCCGGCACCAGCGUUCCCGACUGCAUGGCCAGUCUCAUCGUCGCUCGCCAAGGAAUGGGCGACAUGGCCGUCUCCAACUCCAUCGGCAGUAACAUCUUCGACGUGCUGCUGGGUCUGGGCUUCCCGUGGGCUCUGAGGACUCUCGUAGUCAGCUAUGGAUCCGUGGUAACAAUCAACAGCAAAGGCCUGGUGUACUCCGUCAUUCUGCUGUUGGCUUCCGUCACUCUGACAGUGCUGUGCGUCCAUCUGAACCGCUGGAAGCUGGACCGCCGGCUGGGGCUCUGCCUCCUGCUGCUGUACGCCAUCUUCCUCCUGUGCUCCGUCGGCUUCGAGAGGCUGUAG